ACGUGUUAGAGAGAGUCUGAAGACUCUAAACGGUGGAGAAUGAGCCACGUCUUCUCCCGCCAUGUACUAGAAUUGAAAUGCCGAACCAACCCUUCCCAAACACGGCAACGUUUAGUUUUGUUCUCAUUAGGAGGACAAUUUAGUAAAUUUAAUGCAUCGUUCCCCAAGUCGCAGGUCCGUCGGUUUCCUCGGCUUUCCAAUUUUCUCGCCCCCAAAACCCAGUUCCAGUUCUCGUAUCGUCUCUCUGUGGUGUUUGUUUCUGGAACUGAAUGUCCGUACAUGGCGCCGCAAACUAGAAGAACGUCGUUUCCGAAUGUUCUUAUUGAGAGAGACACAGACUCUGAGCGAAGUUCCUCGGACGAAGAAGAGGAGGGAGAAGAGGAGCCACAAUCAGAAGAAGAAGAAGAAGAAACAGUCUUGGAGAGUGAAAAUAGAAAGGCCAACGAAGAGGCUAGUGAUGCCAAGAAGAAAGGGAAAGCACCCAUUACUAUCAGUCUCAAGAAAGUCUGCAAGGUUUGCAAAAAGGCGGGCCACGAGGCGGGCUUUAAGGGCGCUACGUAUAUUGAUUGCCCGAUGAAACCCUGCUUCCUCUGCAAAAUGCCUGGCCACACUACAAUGACGUGUCCUCAUAGAGUUGUUACAGAACAUGGGGUCAUCCCAGCACCCCAUAGGGAUACCCAGAACCCUGUGGAAUUUGUAUUUGGACGUCAACUUAAACCAAGAAUCACUCGUUUCAAGCCAGCUUAUGUGAUCCCAGAUCAAGUGCAUUGUGCAGCUAUCAGAUACCACAGUAGAUGGGUAACGUGUUUGGAAUUCCACCCUACAAACAAUAAUAUCCUUUUAUCUGGAGAUAAGGUCAGUCUCUCCUGAAUAAUGUGCUUUAAUCGGGAUUAAGUUUAUGUGACCAAUGUGUGAUUGGUUUCAGAUCGUUGACACCUGUUCCUCUAUUUUUUUUUCUGUACAUUGUAAAAGAAAGGACAACUCGGAGUCUGGGAUUUUGCUAAAGUGCAUGAAAGGACAGUUUAUGGAAACAUUCACUCUUGUGUACUCAAUAAUAUGAGGCAAAGUUUGUUUCCUUACAAAUGUAUUUGAGAAAUUAGAAGUUCAUGAGUGUAUGUUUUACUUCUGUUUAGAGUCUUUUCUUUGCCUAGAUUCUUUAAUCAGAAGAAGUCUCACAUCAUUACAACAGGUUCAACCCUGCAAAUGAUGGAACUAUAAGUUGCAGAGACUUGGAAACUGGAAUGUCAUCAUCUUUGAUGAAUCUUAACCCAGAUGGAUGGCAGGGCCCAAGCACUUGGAGGAUGCUUUAUGGCAUGGAAAUCAAUUCAGAAAAGGGUGUUGUGCUUGUAGCUGACAACUUUGGUUUUCUUUAUUUGGUGGAUUCUCGCUCAAAUAUCCAAACUGGGGAACCAAUUUUGAUACACAAGAAAGGUAGCAAAGUUGUUGGUCUACACUGUAAUCCUGUUCAACCAGAUCUUCUCUUGAGUUGUGGAAAUCAUUUUGCUCGUAUGUGGGAUAUGCGUCGACAACAAGCUGCAUCUUCUCUUUACAACCUUGAGCACAGACGUGUAGUUAACUCUGCAUAUUUCUCUCCACUGUCAGGCGGCAAAAUUCUUACUACAUCUCAGGAUAACCGUCUUCGUGUAUGGGAUUCUAUCUUUGGCAAUUUGGGGUCACCUAUCUUUGGCAAUUUGGGGUCACCAAGCCGAGAGAUUGUACAUAGUUAUGACUUCAAUCGACAUUUAACUCCUUCUCGAGCCUUGGUCUCCUUUUGAUGUUGUAUUCCUCUUAGCAGUCUCUCUUGGUCUUCUCUCUAAAGCCCUAAAAUUAUUUUUUGAAUGGUUAUUUAUAAAGUUUAAGAAACCUA